AUGUUGGCUGCCCAGAAUAAUACAGCCCCAACACUUCCCAAGAAGCAAAUCCCACUCUCAAACUCCAAUGCCAAUGCUGGGACCAACCCUAAGCCUAUCAUAGGUACCAAUGCAAGUAGCCCCUUGGCUAACGCGACUUUUGCCAAUGGGACAACAAAAUCAGCCGUGGCAGGUGGCACUGUCAUUCGAAGAAUUGAACUCGAAGAUUUGGUGAAGGAAUUCAGGGAAUUUUUGGGCGAGAAACGAUGGAGUGGAUAUUAUUCUAUGCUUUGUAAAUUUUUACUAGGAAAAAUGUCAAAGGAUGAAUACCACUCAUACAUUAAAAACCAUUUUUUAGCUGUGAGGUCAGAGGAAAAAGAGAAAGAGUUUAAAGAAGGUAAACCAUUAGGGACUUUCAAAUCAAGAUUCGUUAGGUAUCACAAUAAAUUCCUUUUAGCAUCAUUAGCAAACUCUUUCCGUGAUGCUCCUAAUGCAAAUAAUAUCACGGCAGAUGGGUUUGGGUAUUUGAACACUCUUAGUGGAAAGAGCCAGAAAAAACAAAAAGUUUCGAGUGACGUUACAGAACAUGAAAAAUUGAAGAAAAAUAUCAUGAGUUUGACAAUUAAGGAACGUCGAAGAAUUAAAAAUAUCCCAAAGAAUGAUGAUCCUAAGAUUGCUUUGCAAAGAAAAAAACAAACCUUGGGUCAAGUAUCGCUGGAAAGAUUUGAAUUACUUCCAAGAAUUCCCGCCGGAAGUAAUACUAAUAAUACGAAAAACAAAAAUGCCCAAGCAAUUAAUGGUUCCACUGGAACAAAUAAUCAAAACAAGGAUUUACCUGAUGUGUCAAACAAAAAACUAAAAGGGAAGAAUGUUAAUCAAUUGCAAGUUAAAGUCGAUGGAAAUAAAGAUGGAGCUUCUAACGGAAAUGAUAAGAAUUUGAAUCUUAUACAGCGUGGGAGUGGUAAUGCUCAGAGUACCCCACCUUCAGCAGUACUGUCUACAACCAGUAGCAGCAAUCAGCAACCAGCUACCGCAAACACCCCGGCUAUGAAUGUUGGAUUAUGGACGCAGGAAGUAAUGACGGGACUCCUGACAAUGUUGAGCAGUGAAAGUUAUGAAUUGCCAGAUGUCAACUUUUUGAAAAAUAGAAUGGUUGGGAUCAUGAGAGAAAAUGGGCUAGUGGGGAGUGUCAAUGAUCAGACGUUAAAUAUUAUGAUUGUUGGGUUAGAGAAUUAUUUGAAGAAUAUUAUCGAAGCGGCGGUGGACACCGUGAGAUACCGGAAAUUUAGAUAUGAUGAAGAUAAUGCUGGUCCAACAAUUGAUGAUGACGAUAGAAUGAUGGAUGGCAAUGAGCCUACCAAUGCCGUUGCUUCAAGAAGCGAUAAAGAAAUGAACCUUGACGUGGCCUCAUCUCCUGGCUCAAGCACCUCAUCAUCUCGAAAUGCUAGCAAUUCUUCAUUGACAUCCAAUAUGACUUCCACCACAAACACCUCGGCUCCAAUGUCUCCCGGAAAGAUUGAUUAUGAACAACAUCGUAAACGGAAAAUCACGUUGACCACAGAAGAUAUUUAUGACACUUUUAAGCUUACUCCUCAUAUCAUUGAGCCAUACGGGAUAUUGGACCGGAUCUCUUCAGUAUUAUUGAGAGAUGACGAUAUAAUUAAGUAUGAUGAAGUAAACAGAAGUGGGAUUGUUGAUUUAUUAAGGAUAAAUAAAGAGAAAUCCACGGAUGAGGGAUAUUUGAAGCACAAAAAAUUGAGUUCGGAAUUGGUUGAUGUGAUUGAUCAUUUCUCUGGUACAGGUGCGGAUAUUUUCAAUAAUCAGCAAGAAGGAGAAAAAGAAAUAGCAGCGGAUGAGUCCAAGGAACCAGCGGCACCAAGUGAAAAGAAGGAUUCUGAAGGCGAGAAGGAUGAAAACGUGAGUACAAACAAAAGUGAUGGUGCUGCCGCUGCUGUUAAAGCUGACAAUAAUGAAGGUAGUAAAGAGGAGUUACUAUGGCUAAUUCAUGAUCUAUUGGCAUAG